AUAAUUUCCUGGUAGUAUAUGUGUCACGGUAUUAUCGUAAUUAUAAUCGAACUAUAAUAUUGGUUCGAAAGCUACAGUAUUUCUAAAAUGAAUGCUGGCAAACAAAGCCACAUAUGGGUUAUCGCUGGGGUGGGGCAGCACCUGCCCGCCAUAUUUCCACUCGACUGUCGUCGUCAUUAGUGCUGCAAUUAUCCGCCAGUACCUCCCAAGGUUAAUCUUAACCACCCAACCUACAAAUCAGCAAUUGUUGAGAUGUCGAUCUCGGGCUACAACAUCAGAGAUACCGUGAAGAAGGGCUUGCAGUCGAAAGAUGCAGAUGGAAAGCCUAAAGAAGGUUGGCGAGCGGGGGAUUUCAAGGGUCGUGAUCAAAUCGUUAGUAUCUGAGUGGCAAUUUCCAGCCAUUAAGAUUUGGAUCCUGACUUCUAUAGUCGGGUUUGAUGGGAAGGGCCAAAGGCCAGACGACUCAGUCCAAUACAUCCGAAUAUGUAGCACGGCCACUUAGCUCAUUGAAAGAUCCCAGCUCGUUUGCGCCGCCACCAAGGAAGAACAGUUACCCCCAGCGGUCAACCCCGACAACCCCAGUAGGAUCCCAAAAUGGGCCCUCUGCAGCAUACGGUCGACAAAUUGAACAAGAACCGGAAGAGCCGAAGGCCCCAGAGCCAUAUCGUAGGGAUACAACAGGGCUGUCCACUUCUCACCUCCCCCCGCCUCCAGGAAGGAGAGAGAGAGCAGAUGGAGGAGCUCCGGCGCCGAAAGCAAAGCCAUCCCUCCCGCCACGGUUACCUCCCAGGCAAAAUGAAAACCCAAGCCAUCAUACACCGCCGCCCCCACCAGCUUACCAUGAAGCUGCGUCGGAACCUCCAGCGCAUAGGGGAAUAUUAAAUCAAGGUUCUCUCAGCAGGCUCGGCGCUGCAGGUGUGAGUGUCCCGGGAUUUGACAUCGGACCAAAAACCACCAAACUGGCGGCCAAGUCACCGCCUCCUAUACCUUCUAGAAAGUCGACUCUGACAGACCAAUCGCCUUCACAUGAUACUCAGGUGAACGCGCUGCAAUCUCGUUUUUCCCAGAUGCGGACUUCCUCCCCCAAAGAGCCAGCCGCGCAGGGGACAACCUGGGCCGAAAAGCAGUCUGCAUUAAAGACAGCGUCCUCGUUCAGGGAUAACCCAUCAUCAGUAUCUUUCUCGGAUGCCCGAAAUGCGGCGUCAACAUUCAAUAAUUUUAGAGAACGGCAUGGCACGCAGGUAGCUUCUGGCCUGAAGUCUGCGAAUGAAAUGAACUCGAAAUACGGACUUGCCGACAAAGUCGUAUCCCACGGUGGUUCAAGCAAGCAAGUCGAGCCAGAGCAUGACGACGGCCCAAUAUUAAUGGAAGAUAAAACCGUGUCUCCAGCUAAGAAGGCGCCUCCGCCACCUCCGAAGAAGAAGCCUGGGCUAGGUGCGCCUGUCGACAGCUCCGGAGGGCCUCCUCCAAUACCACUUGCAAGCAAACCAAAGCCUUCAAUUGUACCAAAAGCAACUCCGAAAAUCGAAGAUUUCGAUCUAGAUCUCGAGAAACAAUGGUUUGCCAACCAGCACAUCGUAUUCCCACCUGAUUCCAUAGAGCGAGUUCCUGGCUCUCGGGGUUACAGAUAUUCCUCUGGCUGGAGCUCUAACGGUGUGAGGAAAACAUGCACUUUCAAUGGCCUAGUAAUAUACAAGACGCUGGCUUAUACGAAGAUCCACAUAACUUGGGACGCCAGCAACCCGGGUUUGACGGUCAAAUCAGAGCAGAAGCACUUUCCACCACCAAUUUCUCCAUCCAAAUCGCAGCUAGACAGCUACCGACGACAGUACUCCGAAAAACUUGCUCACUGGUGUGAACUACAAAUGGGCACCCAAGUCGGCAAUGGCGAGUGCUGGACGCUGGCAAAUAAUGGCCUUAUCGCCGUUGCGUCUGCUUGCACUGACCGUGGUGAAGAACCUUGUAUGGCAAGUCAGGGCUACGUGCAUGGCGUUCUGAUCUAUGAAAAGAUCGGACGUAAGCACCCUGAACCUCAUGGUGGGGUCUUGUCUGCUGGAGUUGCCAGGGGUGAUAUCCUUCAAUUCUGGAAAGCGCGUCUUGAGGCGAAAGAUGGAAGGAGUUGGAAGAGUGCAGGGGCACCGGAUCAUACUGCUGUGAUUACAAGAGUGGAAAACAACGGCGUUUUGAAGACUCUUGAGCAGAAUAUGGGCGGCGUGAAAACCGUUAAAGAGGGAAGUUAUGACGUGGAUGAGUUGGUGGAAGGUGAAGUGAGAAUCUUCAGGGCUGCUGGUGUUAACUGGGUAGGCCCAUUGGAAGCCACCUGGCCCUGAAACGGUGCGAGUUUGAAGGGUUCAAUUAUUAACUUUUUUGUAUCAAUAAUCCCUUUGACCUGGCCCUUGGAAUACUUACAUUCAUUUUAUUGGUAACGAUGGCUCUUGUUGGGGCCUGCAAACUCGCAAAUUCACGUGGGCCACUGAGGUUCAUCCUAACCACGAAGAAUAAGAAUCAUCAAUGGGGUAAAAUAGUGAUAUUAUUUAUGCUAAAAGAACGUUAACGAAGCUGUAGGAUAUAUUUUGUCACAUAGUUACCUAGUUACCACGAGCCUGGGAUAAUAUACGGUGGCCGCUCACAUUCCGGUGAGUAUUGCGGCAGCGUCAAUGUCUGCUUCGGCCUCGUCCGGGUUUUCUGUGAUAGAGCUCAUAACAAUAUUGUAAGUCUGCCUGCAAGUAGGGCAAGUUUUCGG